AUGGACGGUGGUAUCACUCCUGAUGGCUUGUUCGCAACCAACAACACUGUUGCGCCCAAGCCUAGCAGCAUCUUAUCGCUGUUCAGUCUGAAGGGCAGAACAGCGGUGAUCAGUGGAGGCCCUGCUGGCAUUGGUCUUUCAAUCGCAAAGACAUAUGCUGAAGCUGGCGCAAAUGUGGCCAUCUGGUACAACAGCAACCCUGCUGCCCAUGAGCGAGCUGCUGAGAUCGAGAAGGAAUAUGGUGUCAGCUGCAAGGCAUACAAGGUCAACGUGACCGACGCCGAAGACGUAAAGAAAGGCCUCACCCAGAGUGUACAAGACUUGAACGGACGCCUCGACAUCUUCGUCGCCAACGCCGGCAUUCCCUGGACCCAAGGAAACAUGAUCGAUGGAGAGCUAGACCACUACCGCAAAGUGGUGACAACAGACUUGGACGGUGUAUAUUACUGCGCACGCGCUGCCGGAGAGAUCUGGAGGCGGCAAGCCAAGGAGGGCACCGACAUGAACGGCAACAAGCUCGAGAACUACUCAUACGGCUCCUUCAUCGCAACUGCUUCAAUGUCAGGACACAUCGUCAACUUCCCUCAACUUCAAUCAGCAUACAACGCAGCAAAGGCCGCCGUACUACACUUGACCAAGUGUCUGGCAGUCGAAUGGGUCAAGAUUGCAAGAUGCAACUCCGUCUCUCCUGGCUACACCGCGACAGAACUCACAACAUUUGUGCCCGAAGAGACAAAGGCGAUAUGGAGAAGCAAGAUUCCCAUGGGCCGCGAGGGCGAGACCCAUGAGAUGCGCGGUGCAUACUUGUACCUAGCUUCAGAUGCUGCUUCUUACACCACUGGUGCGGAUAUUAUCGUCGACGGUGGCUACUGCUUACCAUAA